AUGCCCUCCGAGGAAGCUCCAGACGACGAUCAAGUCAGGUCGACCUACAACUUUGCUCCUGGGCACAAUGGAAUCGUCUACAGACCUGCAAUACCCGAUUCUGGCUCCAGGAAGUCCGAUGAGAAAUAUGAGAAUACGAACAAUGUCCCAGCCUCCGGGGAAGUCACCGCAUCACAGGAUCCAAAGUACAAGCUGCAGGCGAUGAAAUGGGGUCUCAUCCCAUCUUGGAUGAAGCGCAAACCGGAUUACGGAUCAAUGAUGAAAACGAUCAACUGCCGUGAUGACUCGCUCGCCGAGAACCGGGGGCUUUGGAACUCGAUGAAACAUCGGAAGCGGUGCAUCGUCGUGUGCCAGGGCUUCUACGAAUGGCUGAAGAAGAACGGCGGCAAGGAGAAAAUCCCCUACUUCGUGAAGCGAAAAGAUGGCCAGCUGAUGUGCUUCGCGGGGUUGUGGGACUGCGUUAGGUUUGAAGGAUCGGAAGAGAAGCUCUACACCUACACGAUCAUCACCACGGACUCUAACAAGCAGCUCAGUUUUUUGCACGAUCGCAUGCCUGUCAUCUUUGAUAACGGCUCCGAGUCCCUGUGGAAGUGGCUUGAUCCAGACCGGACCGAGUGGAAUCGAGACCUGCAGUCGCUUCUCAAGCCCUUUGACGGCGAAUUGGAGUACUACCCCGUCAACAAAGAGGUCGGCAAGGUCGGAAAUGACUCCCCUUCGUUCAUCAUUCCGGUCGAUUCCAAGGAGAACAAAAACAACAUUUCCAAUUUCUUCGACAAGCAGAGAAAGGCAGCAAACAGUAGCGGCGGGGCCAAGACCGCCACGCAGGGAAACCCGGUUAUCGACAAGAUUGGGCACGUCAAAGGUGAGGCUCGUGGCACCUCGGACGAGGAUGGCACGGAGGACAAUGCACCGUUGCCAACUCUCCCUGGUAACGAGGACAAGCGUGGUAUCAAGCGGGAGCACGAAGACGCAGACGGCAAAGGUGAAACGCCAGGCUCACCGCCGCUCCAGAAGGCAGCCAAGACAGGCCAGGCCAGUGUUUCUCCCGACAAAAGCAAGGCGACGAAGGCAGGCAGAAAGACGAGAAGCGCCACCAGCAAUGGCUCGACGCAAAAGGCUAGCCCGGCGACGGCGGGCGACGGUAGCAGGAAAAUCACGGCUUUCUUCGGGAAGUGA